AUGAUGUGGAAUGCUUUGUGACUGUGUGGACACAUAACAAAACGGUGAUGACUAGAGACAUGAUUGUCUCAACAAUACAGUCCCAGUAGAGAGCAGAGUGGAGAGGUGUCAGGAGGAGAUGAAAUUUAACUGAAGACCAACUUUUCUCUGAGGAGCCCAUGUCUCCCGUUGGGCAAAUAUGAUGGAACUCAGACACUCCCAAAUCAUUUGGAAUAAUUGUGAAAGUAGCAGCCUGUCAAACGCAACAACCUAUUGGACUUGACAAAAAUAUAGAAAAGGGGGGGCAAGGGUAGGAAGGUUGAAGAAUGUUUUUGAAUUUCAGAAGGAUCAGAAAAUGUCAAUGUGUGCAGCUGGUGACGACAUGCUUUGUCCUGUCCGUGUUGAUGGUGUGCUGGGAGCAGCUGGACCACCAUGUGGUGAGCCAUAUGAAGUCCUACUCCUACCGCUACCUGGUCAACAGCUACGACUUCAUCAACAAGAGCUUUGGCAUCAGCCAGAAGGAGGCUAAGAGCCAGAGCAACUUCCCAUACCUCAUCAACCACCAUGACAAGUGUGACAGCAAUGAAGUGCUGUUGCUGCUGUUCGUCAAAUCUUCCCCAGAGAACCUGGAGAGGAGGCAGGCCAUCCGGGCCACCUGGGGGAAUGAGGCCUACACCCAGAGGGAGUUGGGGGCCACCGUGAGGGUGGUGUUUGCCCUGGGGGUCCACCCCAACCCCCAGCAGAGGGGCCAUGUACAGAGGGGGCUGCUGGGGGAGGACCAGGUCUAUGGGGACCUGGUCCAGCAGGACUUUGUUGACACCUUUCACAACCUCACCAUCAAACUGCUGCUGCAGUUCCGCUGGAGCCACAACUACUGCAGCCAAGCACGUUUCCUCAUGUCAGCCGACGACGACAUCUUUGUCCACAUGCCCAACCUGGUGCACUACCUGCAGGGCUUAAUCCGUCAGGGGGCCCGGGACCUCUGGGUGGGCCACGUGCACAGGGGAGCCCCACCUAACCGCCGGAAGGACAGCAAGUACCACGUGCCUUAUGAGAUGUACCAGUGGCCAUCUUACCCAGACUACACGGCGGGUGCAGGGUACGUUGUCUCAGGGGACGUGGCUUCCAAAAUCUACCAGGCCACUCUGUCCCUCAAUGCCUCGCUGUACAUUGAUGAUGUGUUCAUGGGCAUCUGUGCCAACGCCAUGGGGAUGUCUCCCCAGGAACAUGUUUACUUUUCAGGGGAAGGGAAGGCCCCCUAUCACCCCUGCAUCUACGAUAAGAUGAUCACCUCUCACGGACACGUGGCAGAUGUCCGGUACCUUUGGAAGGCAGCGACGGACCCCCAGAUCCAUGACAUUUCCUCUGGUCUGUUGGGAAAGAUGUACUGCACAGCAGUGAAAGUAAUGCUCCUCUGUAAACCUUACUAUUUAAAUACCUACCCAUGCAAAGCAGCAUUUUCAUAGUGUAUUGUAAGGCUGCACAGAAUGUCAGUCUUUAUUUUCUUUUAUAUUUCAGUGUCUACCGCUGGUAUCAUUUUCUAAAUAAAGACCAAACCCUUGUUCUUGAGCAUAUAUUCACCACUCCUGCCUUGGCUUGAUGGA